AAUAUAUAUCAUUGCAGAUAUUUAUGAAAUUUGGAUUUCAUAUUUAAGUAAAAGACAUGUGUUUUGUUAUGCUUAUUUAUUGUCAACAUUUUUCGCGCCAUUUAAGUAUUUUUAUUCGAAAGGUUACUACUAAAUGUUUAUAAUUAUCUUUUUUUAUAUAGAAAUAAAAAUCUUAUAUAAUAUUUAUGAAGAUACAAUUAAAAUUUCUAAAAGUUACAAUUAAUUGAUCAGAAAAUUUCGACAUAAAAAUAAAAAUGGAGAAUGUAUGUAGGUUAUGCCUUCAAAAGGAAGAAAAUAUGUUGAAUGUGGUUUCUUUAGAGAAUGAAAAAUUAUGUUCAAUUAUUUUUGAUUGUUUUUCAAUAAAGAUAACAAAUAACGAUGCAUUGCCUAAGUUAUUAUGCACAGUAUGUUUUGGAAAAUUAAAAUCAUUUAACGAAUUUCGAGAAAAAUGUAAAAUAUUUGACUGUUUAUUACGCGCUCAUUAUAAAAUGGAUUUUAACUAUGACGAUACUUUAAGCAAAAUUAAAAUAUAUCAGAACGCUCAAGUACAAACGGACAUAACCAGUGAGACACUGCAAAUGGAUUAUGGUUAUGUAUUUAUAAAAACUGAGGAAAUAACGGAUGAAAAUGAUUUCAAUACACAUUACAAUAAUGAUGAUGAUCGUCAUAUACAAGAUAACAAUGGAUUUGAUAAUUUGAGGCAUUCAGAUGAUGUAGUUUCAAAUUCUGCAGAUAGUCAAGAUACUUUCAAAACUAGUAAUAAGUUGAAAUUAAAAAAGAAGUUAAAAAGAUCUGGAAUAAAUGGUAGCAGAAAAAGUGAUCGUUUAAAGAAUAAAGACAAGAUUUUGAAGUGUCAUUUUUGUCUAAAGGAAUUUCUAUACAUAGAAGAGUUUCUUAAGCAUUGCAGAUUUCAUAUAAUCAAAGAAAGCAAGAAAAGAGGUUGCAAGAAGAGGAAUGCCAACAAAGAAAAUUUUACAUGUCAGUCUUUUUGCAAGCACGCGAAAAUAACGUCGUCUGUUGAUCUACAAUGUUCUGUAGAUUCAAUUUGAUCGAAGAAAUAAAAUAUACAAACAAA